UUGCAGGCUUCGGACCCCGUGGAGGAGCCAACGAAUUUGGGAAAAACAGUGAUGCCAACCGAAAGUGAGGUUGAAAUUGAAAGUGAAGAAGUUCGUAGAAAGAUGUCAGCCUAUAAAAUGGCACAUGACAUAGAAAACCAGUUGGAUAACUUGUCUAAAACUGUCCCCUUGGCGGUGUAUCUAUAGAGUUCCUGAGCGACUACGGCAAGUGAAUGAGAAAGCAUAUACACCUCAAAUAGUCUCUAUAGGCCCAUUUCACCAUGGCAACGGACCCUUAAAAGCCAUGGAAGAGCACAAACUAAGGUACCUGAAACAUUUUCUAAGUAAAACCGGGGUAAGAUUGUCUGAUUGUAUACAAUGGAUACAGGAGCAAGAGGAAAGGUUGCGAGGUUUUUAUGCAGAACCCAUUGUGUUUGACAAGGAUGAAUUUGUAAGAAUUGUUUCAGUGGAUGCCGCCUUCGUCAUUGAUUUAUUAUUGAGGUUUCAUUACUCAAAUUAUGGAGAGGAAGGUGAUUACAUAUUCAGAAACCCUACGAUGAAAGAGGAUGUGGUUCGAGAUUUGAAGUUGCUUGAAAACCAGCUGCCAUUCUUCAUUCUUCAAGAUCUUUUCACAUUUUUUCCUUCUUCACCUGAGCAUCCUUCGUUACUUAAAAUUUCCUACUUUGUCUUCCAAAGUGAAAUCGAUAGCAAGGGAGAAAAAGAGAAAUUUGACGAGAUAGUUUCUUCUGGAGUAGAAGAGAGAAGUUCUUCUGGAGUAGAAGUAAAACAUUUUGUUGAUCUGAUAAGAAUUCUAUACCUACAAAAGAAACCCGAAACUACAGACACACCCAAAACCACUUUGUGCGACCGGAUGCCAGUGCGCUUAUCUCACUCAAUCUUUCUGACGUCUGGGUAUACACCCAUCACCACAGACAACCCCAACACCACAGCCACUCCCAAGUUGACAGAGCUACACCAGGCUGGAGUCAAGUUUAAGGUAGGAAAAGACAGCAGCUUAAUUGACAUAAAGUUUUGGGUCAACAUUAUUAAUAAUGGUUGUAUAUCUUCAACUAAAUUAAAAUGGCUCGAUGAACGGGUGCUUUAAUGCCUAUAAAUACCUAUUGUAGCAUAAUGUUUCACACAAAUUUCAGAAAUUUAUUUUUACAGUACUUGCUCUC